CAGGAGUUCAGUCAACAGUUCAUUUCCACCGCAGUGACAUUCAACUUCCAGCAGCCAAAAUAAAAAUAAAUUAUUCUUAUCAGUAUCCAACCAUUACCAACGCAAUAUGAAGAGCAUUUUUGAACUAAUCAUCGCUGUCCUUGGGGUGAGCAUAUGCAUGUUAUCCGCACAAAUUUCGGCUGUUAGCUGGACGACCUACAACCCCUUUUACCUCGUUCCUUACUUUGAGUACCAGGCCGAAACAGCACGGCAACUCAAUGCAGCUAGAAUUGCAGCUGACACUUCGUUCGCUUUAGAUUCAGCUGGACGCUCAUUUAUCGAUAAGAUAGCCAAAUUAAAUUUAAAAGGUCAACUCAAGGGAAUAAGAAGAGCACUCGAACAGUUGGCUGCCCAAAGGAAAAUGGAUUUGAAUGAAAUACAAAUUAAAUUGAAUGAGAAAGCAACCAAAUUCGACUUGGAAAACUUAAAGACGACUGUGGGUGAAAUUGAUUCCAAUCUCAUGUCAUUGACCCAAAAAUUUGAGAAAGAGACUGCCGUUAUAGAAAUUGGACACAUGCCCGAGUCUUGCACAGAUUUCAAAACAAUCGGCUAUAAAAUGAACGGAAUCUUUCAGAUUAUAGGAAAGAAACAAAUAGAAACCGUUUAUUGCAAUUUUACGAGUACGAACGCUGAAGAUUUACAGAAAUGGAUCGGGUACGCUGACAUCAAAUCAGCGCCCACCUAUUUCUACGUGCAGAAAAACGAUCACUUCGGUACAACUGGAAUUCCAAUUCCGUUCGAAAAUGAAAUAAUAAACACUGAAAAGGCCAUGGAUUUGACCGUGGGAAAAUUCACGGCUCCAAGACCGGGAAUUUAUUUCUUCUCAUUCACAGGACUGCCUGAUUUUACCGCUUCAACGUCCGUCGUUUAUUUUGAAGUUUCUCUUUAUCUGAACGGAGAGCGUAUUGCAUCUGGAAGGGUUGAAGAUAGUAACACCGUUCUAUUUCAACGGAGUCCGUUGACCGUCCAGUCGACGUUGAAUUUGAAAAAAGACGAUCAAGUCUGGAUGGAAAUUAAUGACAUGUCAACAGGAAUUCAGUUGCAUGAUGCAGGUGGACAUUACACUCAUUUCACGGGUUUCUUGUUGGAGGAAGAAAUUGUCGCGUCGCUUUGAAAGAUAUCCUGGAAGCAAUCAAUAAAGGAUUUAAAAAAACAAAUUUACGUGUGUAACUUUUAUUGCUUUGAAUUUAAAUUGAAAGAGAGUUUAUUUGUGUCUAAUGAAUUAGGGAGUGUGUAUUUUUUAAUCAGUGUAUACUAUUUGCAAAUAAUAAAAGCCAUACGAAUACAUGAAAAUAUUCUUCAAUACGCGAGAUUUAAGCAGCAACGGGAUUUAUUAUAUUUA